AUGCGACGACACAGGAACGACGACGCAAAUCUACGAUGCAGGAUUGAGAAAAUUUUGGAAUUAUGCAAAGGCGAAGUCAUACCACAAAAUAAAAUUAGUCAACCCAUAUUACCAAAUUAUGCAACAAGUGUACCACCAUCAGCGAUUACAGAAACAAAUCAAGAAACACAAGCAUCACAUUUAAAUCCUUCAUCAAAUCAGGAGAAAAUAACUGGAAAUGACGGCGAAGAUUUACCUCCGGAUGAUGACAAAGCAUAUUGUCCAGAAGAUUGUGUACCAGAGACUAUACAUACAGAAUUGCAAACUCGAAUUCAACGAACACAUUCAAAGUCACCAUCAAUUCUGAAUCAAAUAAUUGAUAACAACAGCGAAAAUAUACCUCCAAAUGACAAGACAUGUUAUCAGGAAGACAGCGUACCAAAGACUAUGGAACCUCCAAAUAAUGAGAAGACAUAUUUAGAAGAAAGCCUACCAGUGACUGUAAAAACAGGACUGAAGACACAAGAUCAAGUAUUACAAUCAAAAUCGCCAAAUCAGGAUAAAGUAAUUGAGAAUAAUGGAGAUUAUUCUCAAGCUUCUCAUGAUGACAAGAAGAAUUGUCCGCCUAAGAACAAGAUGCGAUCGCUAUCUUCGUCUUCGGAUUCCUCGUCGUCGGAUACCUCAUCUUCAAAAUCAUCAUCUAGCUCUUCGUCUUCUUUAACUUCUGAUAAUAAUGAGGAAAAUCAGCCCAAUGUAGUAGAUACCGAAGCACAAGCGACGAAAAUUUCAAAAUCAGCUAAAAGCCCAAAACACAGAAAGAUCCCAAAAAAUCUUCGUAAUGCUGGACAGCUGUACACAUCUACAACUUCGACAAAUAAGGAUAUGCCUGCAAGAAAAAUGCUGACCUCAUGUGAAAAUCUCUGUCGCCUGGAAUGUAGCAAACAAAUUCCUCAGAGAUCAAAUUCACCAUCGACAAGUCAAUUAAUUGAUAACAACACCAAAGAUUUACCUCUAAAUGACGACAAGACGUAUUAUCUAGAGAAAAGUGUACCAGAUACUAUAGAAACAGGACUGAAGCCACAAAUUCAAGAAUUACACUCCAAUUCGCCAUCAAAUACGGAUACAGCAACAAUUUUAAUCUGAGCAAAUAAUCGAGAUAUUGAGAGCUUGCCUUCAACUUCAAGAGGAAAUGCAGCAAAUAAUCGAGAAAUGGAGUGCCAAGAAGAACAACCACAAUCGGCAAGUUCGGAAUGUGUCACAGCAACAGCACAAAGUUCAACUGCAAAGAAUCUAAAACGUAAGUUUCAAACUACUAUAGCUAGCCAUCUAAUAAAACCGAUUACCUUAUUAAAAAAGCAGAAAAUUAACGAUUUAAUUAUAAACAUGAUUGUAAAAGAUUUACAACCCAUGUCCAUAGUUGACGAUACAGGGUUUAAAGAAUUAAUUAUGGGCCUAGAGUCUUCCUAUUGUAUGCCUAGUCGGUUUAUCAUAACAAAUUCCUUCCUACCUCAAAAAUAUGACCAAAAAAAGGAAAAAUUAAAAGCGUUGCUUACGAAAACCAAUGCCAUUACUCUUACAACUGACUCCUGGACGGCUCAACAUUCCCAUACCAGUUACAUAGGUUACACCGCUCAUUUUAUUACUGAUGAAUGGAUUUUAUAUUCAUGCCUACUUAGGAUUCAUCAGUAUGAUGAAAGUCAUACUGCUGAACAUUUAAAAGAAGAACUGAUUAAUGUUGUUAAUGAGUGGGAAAUUUUUAAUAAAGUAUUUGCUGUCACCUCCGAUAAUGCACCAAACGUAAAGGCAGCAAUUAGGUUAACCGACUGGGGACACAUAAUCUGUUUUGCUCAUAAUAUUAACUUGGUUGUUCAGAGUGGACUUGCACUCUCUAAUAUCGCUCCACUAAGAAAAAAAGUAAAAACUAUAGUUGAAUAUUUUCAUCGGAGCACAAAGGCCAAUAAUAAAUUAAUGGAUUUGCAAAAACAAAUUAAUGUAGGUCAACCCCCUUUAAAAUUAAAAAAUGAUACAGUAACUAGGUGGAACUCUACAUUUUUUAUGUUUGAAAGGUUUUUGAAAAUUCAAGAACCACUUAAUGCGACUAUGGGAGUUUUGCAAAUUGAGAUAGAACUUCUUACAGAAUCGGAGUGGUUACAAUUAAAAGAGGUUUGUCAAGUAUUAAAACCAUUUGAACAUAUAACUACCGAAAUGAGUGCGGAGAAAAAUGUUAUUUUAUCAAAAGUAAUAAUUGUUGUAAAGGGUUUGCAAUCUGCAAUUAAUAAAAUUAAACAAAAUGUUAGCACUAGAAAUGCUACUGAGCUCAUAAAACAUUAUGAACAAGAAAUUGUUACGAGAUUUGGUUCUGUUGAAUCAAAUAGUUUAAUGGCAAAGUGCGCUUUAUUGGACCCGAGGUUUAAAGCAAAGGUUUUUACUUCACAAACAAAUCUUACAGCUGCAAGGGAACGUUUAGAAAGUGAAGUAGCCAAGUCAAUAAGUAUAGAUCAAGCAGCAAAAUUGGCCCAUAAUAAUAUUGACAUGGAAGAACAACAUCCACAGGUCGAACAAGAGGAAAACUUAAUCUGGAAAGAUUUUGAUAAAUUUGUUCAAACACCCAAACUGGGUGUUUGA